GUUUAAUUGCAAUUUAACAAUAUUAUUAUAUAUUUUUAAUAAAUAAAAUUAAACAAAUUAUUUCCCAAUUAUGGAAAUGAAAAAAAAAUAUCGAAAAUUAAAUAUUGCAAGCCAAGCCGAAAUUCUACGAUCACAUCAAAGAGAUGAUGACUUUGUCAAAUAUUUACGAGAAAAGGUUAUCGAUAUCUUACAAAUUUUGCAAAGGAAAACGGGUUUAUUACCCUUUAUUCACUCCGAUAUUCCGUUUAAACUAGUUUAUUUUUUUUUUACAUCGGGAAUGGGCAAUCAAACGUUGGGUGAAGAAUAUACUGGACUUGUGCAAGCCAAUUUAAAAGCUUAUAAAGUUCCAUCUAUAUAUGCAAGACUAUUGGCAAUAAUUUUAGAAUGUUUUGGUGAAAAAGCAUUGAUAAGAUUAUUAAAACAAUUGGAAUUAUCAAUUAAUCAUCCUCACAGUAAAUUAACUCCUACAACUGUAAUAUUUUUAAAUUCUUUCAUAUCAAAAAUGUAUACUAUAAUACCUGUUUUUAUAUUAUUGCAUAAAGGAUUAUUUUAUAUAUUUGGUCGAUAUUAUAGUUUAAGUAAAAGAAUAGCAGGAAUAGAUUAUGCAAAGGUGUAUGGUCAUCGGCCUAUUGAUACUAUCAGUUCAGGAUUGAGACUAUUAGGAAUUGCUACACUUAUACAGUGUAUGUUGAAAAUCUGGCAAAAUUACAAAAGUGAAAAUCAUUUUGAAAAAUAUUCAAUACUUGAUGAGAAACAUAAUAAGUUGAUGUGCCAGUUGUGCCUUGAAAAAGUGCCAACAACUACCACACCUUGUGGUCAUUUGUUUUGUUGGUUUUGUCUUACUGAUUGGUUGCAUACUAAACCACAAUGUCCACUGUGUAGAGAACAUGUUGUACCUUCUAGGAUUGUACAUGUGAUGAACUUGUAAUAUUGUUUUUAAAUAUUUAAAAAGAUAAAUUAAUAAAAACAAUAUGCAAAUGUUUCUUUUUUAAGUAAUUAUUAAAUUAAGGAUAAAUGAUUCACUAGAACUA